GGUAUAGAUGCUGGAGGGACCUGAGCUUCGUAUCACUCCUUAGUCCUGCACUGCAAAGCUGAACAAGUCCCUGGCUAGCCUGCUGCCUUGGUGAAGUUGUCCAGCAUCCCCCUGUCCAUCCAGAAUCCAGCACUGACACCAUGUUCUUCAGAUCAGCCCUCCUGCUGCUCGCUGGGAUUGUACUGACUGAAUGCCGCUCGCCACCGAGGAUCCGAGUACGGAGACAGAACAUGAAGGUUCGCAUCAACGCCACUGGUGACACCAUCAUCCUUAAAUUUGUAAAGCCCAAUCCUGAUGUCAAGCUGGAGGGGUACAUCCUGGGUUAUGGAAGCAGCAUGUUCUCCAAACAGUUCAUCCCGCUGCCAGAGAACGGGAAACCCUACGAGACGGAGAUGGAUGCAGAGCCAAAGUACCUGAUUGCUGUACAGCCCAUUCCAUCAAAUGAUGUGAAGAAACACUGCACCGGAAAAGUGGACCUGGACAAGCCCCUGCAUCUUGUGAUCGGGUCUGUGACCCCCACAUCAGUGCUGCUAUCCUGGGGAACUCUCCUGAAGACGCCCUAUGAUGGAAACAUCAUGAAUGACUGUCUGGAAGAUGGGCAUUACACAGUUCGCUAUCGGGAAAGGAACAGGAAGUGGAACUACCAGACAUGCCCAACCAGUGACACCGUGAUAGACAACCUGAAGCCCAACACACCCUACGAGUUUGGUGUUCGGUCCAACAAGGAGGAGAAAAGUGGGGUGUGGAGCAAACCUCUCAUUCACAACACCAACAUGGGCGAAAAGGGCAUCCAAAAACUCUUCAAGCCAAAGAUACCAAAUGGAAAACCAGUGAAGUCAAUUAUGACAGGAAGCCGGGUAAUGUUCCCUCCUCGACUUGCUGUUCAUAAUAGAACUCACUCCAGAGGUUCUCACGUGCUCCAAAACAUCGCUUUCCCCGGAUCUCCCAGAUCAACUUUUGCACCUCCUGAAAGCCGCCCAGAAAUUUCCCCUGUCCCAAGACCCAAUGCGCCGCAAAUGUCACAGUUGACGUUGGGGAGUGUAAAUAAAGAUAGAAAUGUUUUUUCCCCCUCGGAGGACAUCCCUCUUGCCAAUCCUCAGCCCCUUCCAACCAAACCUCUCAGUACCACCACAGCCAUCCCUGUCACUAUCCCCCAGCAGGGGCAGCAGGCACAACCCCAGGCCUCUAGCACCACCCAGCGGCCAAUCAAGUCUUUGGUGUUUGGCGAAUCACGGAAUGGAUAUUCUCCACUCAGGCCUGCCUAUACCACAGAGAAAGCCAGUAGUCAUGACUGGGGGAAAGGCAUCCUGAGAAACCAGGGCCCCACCAAGCCUCAUGUCUCCCAGGGCUCAGUGGUUGCCAUGCCAGCCAGAAACUUGACCUCAUCAGGCAGAGACUUUAUUUUCCCCUCUCGUUAUGGCAUCAGACCACAUAUCCUAUCCAGGGUGACUAACUCCUCCAGGACACUGAUGAUCAGAGGGGCCAACGGCGAACAUCAUAAGGGACUCAAUUUUCCCAAACCACUCAUGAAAUCCAGAUUUCGAUGGGGGUCCUCUCCUCAGCGCCCACCACCCCCUAUGAAAACGAACCUGGUUGACAAACCAGGGGACAAAGACAAGACCAGUGACCUGAAGCAAACGGACAAAGCCUCCAUCUUGAGACCCAACUUUUCCUCAGUGACAGCCAAGCCCGCAAAGCAGGACAGAAAGCAAACAACGACAGCUGCCCCAACUCUUAAUGAGACCCAGUUUGACACCUGGGAAAACUCCUCUCUGUUUAGCUCAAUCCCCAGCUCUGAAGUGGAUGCCAUGGGAAAAAAGCGCUAUGUAGCCCCACACGUGAUCUACAAGACAGACAAGAAGCCCAAUGAGCCCUGCUCCAUCACCACCUCCCUCAACUACUUCCCUGAGGAUGAAGCCGGGGAGCAGAAUGUGACAGGCCCACCCAGGACCCCGCCCUCCAACCUUACCGUGGUAACCGUGGAGGGCUGCCCCUCCUUUGUUAUCCUGGGCUGGCAGAAGACUGAUAAUGAGACCACAGGUUAUGAAGUCAUCUCCACAACAAAGGGUCCAGAUGGUGAGGAAGUCUCCAUCCUGACCACAAAUCAAACACAUACUGCUGUGGAGAACCUCAAACCCGAGAGAAGUUACGAGUUCUCGGUGAAACCAGUAAACCCACUUGGAUCAGGCCCACCGACUGAGCCAGUGGAGUUUAACACAGAAUCAGCGGAUCCCCGUGUGAGCGAGAACGUCUCAGGAAAGGAUGCCAUCUGGACGCAAUUCCCUUUCAAGUCUGAUGGGUACUCCGAGUGCAAUGGGAAGCAGUAUGUGAAACGGACAUGGUACCGCAAGUUUGUUGGAAUCCAGCUCUGCAACUCCCUGAGAUACAAAAUCUACCUGAGCGACUCCCUUACAGGUAAAUUCUAUAACAUUGGGGACCAGACGGGGCAUGGUGAGGACCACUGCCAGUUUGUUGACUCCUUCCUGGAUGGACGGACAGGCACCCAGUUCAGGGCUGACCAGCUCCCUCCCAAAACAGGAUAUUAUAGGGCAAUGCGCCAAGAACCAGUCAGCUUUGGCGAGAUAGGAGGGAACUCCCACAUCAACUAUGUCGCAUGGUACGAGUGUGGAACACCGAUUCCUGGGAAAUGGUAGGACCCCGGGGUCUGCCCUUGGAGGUGCCGGAGAAGAGGACAACACUUGGGUUGCUUUGGUCUCAGGAGCAAGAAACUAAGAGACAGGCUUCUCAUGCUACACACCAGGCUUUGGGGGCAGGGAAACCCCCAACUUUACGUCCCUCCCACCCAGUCUGCUCAUGUAUAAAAGUGUACAGGACCAAAGUGUCAAAGGGAUUUUAUUGAGCAUAUUUGUAAUAAUGUAAUAAGUAAUGGCAACUUUAGUCUCAUCUCAUUAUUUAUCAAAAACGUAAUAAUAAUGAAAACACAAAACAUUUACUAAUAAUAAAUGAAAAUAAAGGUACUUCAGCCUAAUCAUAAAAUGGCAUUUUAAAGAUUGAAUUAAAAAAAUAAUACUGGGAAGCUGGCUCCCUGAAACUAUUUUGAUAACGUGUAUGAUAUUAUUUAUCAGAGAGUUGUAAUUAAAUAUUCCUUGUGGUGCUUUGCUGGUGACUUACUGGGAAGGGGGCAGAAGAACAGUUUCAGCUGAGAAGUGGGAUCACACCACCUCUCCUGCACAAACAAGUGGGUCCUCCCUGUAGAGAAGGCCUUCACACAUGAACACUCACUCAUUCAUUCUUUCACUUAAUUCAUGAAUUCAUUUAACUCCCUCAGCCACAAAACAGCACAACCAUUUUCUUGCACAUAAUUCCAUAUGACUCAUGUGGGUAUGAGCAAUAAUCUGGCAAAACCCUGAUCUGUCAAAUUAAACACCAUUCCCCUAUUACACCCACUGAUCCCAAAAGAGAGAUACCCAAUAAACACCCACUCAAAAGGAAACCUUUUAUCUAUUCAAUAUUUCUUCAUGCAUUAGUCUUGGUCAAUUUGGUGGCUAUAGACUAAAAGGUUUUACAGUUGCAUUUUGCACAAUAUAAAUGUAUUUAUAUUUAUAUGGAGAGAAAGUAUUUUUAAACUUGGGGAUCAAAAAAAAAAAAUUUCCCAUCAAGCCUGUGAACCACCAAUGUCAUCAGUCUCUAGAAAUCUUUCUUCACCUCCUUUGUAACACAUCCAUGUGUUUGUAUUUAAAUAUACAUAGGAAACUGCAAUAGAGAAAUAUCUGAAAUUAAUGCUUUCUAGUCUGGGUUCCAUGUUUGUACAGAAAUACGCUUGCCAACAGAGGCUGCAGUCAAGUGUUUUUUUAAAGUCAUUUUUGUGAAGUUUAACUUUGAACUGUAUUUUUGUUUUUUUACAUGUAUGAGCAUUCCUGUAUUUUCAAUAAUUAAAACAAAAUUUUUUUAAA